AUGCCGCUGGCGGGGAAUGGCUCCCACGGGCCGUUUGAAUCACCCGCCGCACCGCGCCUCCCUGAUUGGAGGAGGGCUACGGAGGGGCGUGGGCUGCAGGUGCAGCAUCAGUCAGAGGUGAAAUUUGAUAGUGGAGUAUUACUGCUUAGUACCCACAGACUAAUCUGGAGGGAUCAGAAGAAUCAUGAGUGCUGCAUUGCUAUACCUCUGUCUCAGAUUGUCUUUAUUGAAGAGCAAGCAGCUGGGAUAGGAAAAAGUGCCAAAAUAGUAGCUCAUCUUCAUCCUGCUUCUUCAAACAAAGAGCCUGGUCCAUUCCAAAGCAGCAAAUAUUCCUACGUCAAACUUUCUUUCAAAGAGCAUGGGCAGAUUGAGUUCUAUAGACGAUUAUCAGAAGAAAUCACACAAAGGAGAUGGGAGAACAUGCCUACUGGUCAGACUAUUCAAGUUAACAAGGAUCCACAGGCAGGAAGAAUAAGGGCUGUAGGAAUUGUAGGGAUCGAAAGGAAGUUAGAGGAAAAAAGAAAAGAGACUGACAAAAACAUUUCCGAGGCUUUUGAGGAUCUUAGCAAACUGAUGGAGAAGGCUAAGGAAAUGGUGGAGUUAUCUAAGUCAAUAGCUAAUAAGAUUAAAGAAAAACAAGGUGACAUCACUGAGGAUGAGACUAUUAGGUUCAAGUCUUAUCUCCUAAGUAUGGGCAUAGCUAAUCCAGUUACUAGGGAAACCUACGGAUCUGGUACACAUUACCACAUGCAACUGGCAAAGCAACUCGCUGGAAUACUGCAGACACCAUUAGAGGAGCGAGGAGGGAUCAUGUCACUCACAGAAGUGUACUGUCUGGUAAAUCGCGCCCGAGGAUUAGAGUUGCUGUCACCAGAAGAUUUAGUAAAUGCUUGUAAGAUGCUGGAGUCACUGAAAUUACCACUCAGGCUACGGAUAUUUGACAGUGGUGUGAUGGUGAUUGAACUCCAGUCUCAUAAUGAAGAGGAAAUGGUAGCUUCUGCUUUAGAGACAGUAUCUGAAAAGGGUUCUCUCACAGCUGAUGAGUUUGCUAAGCUGGUGGGGAUGUCUGUUCUCUUAGCCAAAGAAAGGCUGCUUCUUGCUGAAAAGAUGGGCCAUCUUUGCAGAGAUGAUUCAGUGGAAGGCUUGAGAUUCUACCCAAAUUUGUUUAUGACACAAAGCUAAUGUAUUUUGUAUACAAUUUGUUAUGUAACAGUUGAACAAGAGAGCAGAGGGCAGAACCCUUCCAACAAUUGACUUCAAAUUUUUUAUUCUGUUAGUCAACUGCAAGAGUGAUGAACAUUGCAAUGCUUUACAGUUCUCAGGUAUUUCAAGUGCUGACUCCUCUUACGUGGAACUGAAAGGAAAUAGGAAUUACUAAGUCAGAAGCAUGUUAAUUGUCUCACGCUGGCUGACUCAAGUUUCAAUUUUUAUUUGAUGUGCUCUGUAGUUUCUCAUUUCAACAGAAAUCAGAUGAAGAUUCCACACAAAUGAAAGUGGAGAGAAUAUCCCUGUAGUCUGCCAUGAGGGUUGGCACCCAGAAGACAGGUUACUGCAUACUCCAGUUUGUUUAUGUCUAGAGCAACAAAGCAGACAGAUGUAUCCGUAGUGAUAAGAAAAAUUGCUUUGGUGUGUACUGAGGUAUAAGGAACAAACCAGUGUAGAAUAAACCCUUCUCCCUGAAGUGAUGAACAGUUUUCUAAGAGACGAUCAUGGGGUUCUUGUACUUUGAAACAGAAUGAACCUGCUGCAGGAGAGAUUUAACAUAUGUUAUCUGAAUCUAGAAAAAACACUGUUUAUUUUGUCAUGUCUUAUGCAAAUAUCUCAGAUAGAAGCAUUGUUAGCACCAACUUCCUCCCUUCUCUUUCCUUGCCAUCUUCCUUCCUGUCUCAUUACAUUGCACUUUGGGUGCCCUUUCUCUGUCCUUGCUUGACAUAGAGAGUGGAGUAGCAGCCUCCUGUCACUCCACCAGACUCUGUGCUUUAAUAUGCUUGGGUUUUGUCAUGUACUUCUAAUGAAAGAUCAUUUGUUUGUUUCAUCGGCCUGUUACCUGUUUUGGAGAGACAGUUCAUUUGCUUAUAUCUCAUAUGCAAAAAUUAAUAUGCUUUCAGUAUUGAAGGGAAGAAGAAGACUAUCACCCUUGUGUUUAAUAGUCAUGAGGUAUCAUUUUGUUUGGUAUUCCUCACCCUAUGUUCACACUGAAUGCAAUUUGAUAGUCUCAGUUUUCAUAACUCCAGUGGAGUUGUUACAUUACUUGAAGAUCUGUUGUCAUAGUAAUAAUGGUAAGUGGAUGUUUAUGAUCCACAUCACUUAAAUUUUUGGCAUUUUGAAGUAAUCAGUUUUAAUAAAUAACAAAACUCCUUCAAGGUAUGGGCAAGGAUAACAUAUAAGUAACUGCAUUGUGAUUGUAAUGGCCAAAUUGACAUUAC